ACAGGUAUCUCCUCUAACUCGUCACUGUCCUUUUCUCCAUGAACAGGUGCCCAUGUGCAGCCACAGCCAAUGUCCAACAGCAGCUCCAUCAGCCACUUCCUCCUGCUGGCACUGGCAGAGACGCGGCAGCUGCAGCUCCUGCACUUCUGCCUCUUGCUGGGCAUCUCCCUGGCUGCCCUCCUGGGCAACGGCCUCAUCAUCAGCGCCGUAGCCUGCGGCCACCACCUGCACACGCCCAUGUUCUUCUUCCUGCUCAACCUGGCCCUCAGCGACCUGGGCUCCAUCUGCACCACUGUCCCCAAAGCCAUGCACAAUUCCCUCUGGGACACCAGCACCAUCUCCUACACUGGAUGUGCUGCACAGCUCUUUUUUUUUGUCUUUUUCAUCUCAGCAGGGUUUUAUCUCCUGACCAUCAUGUGCUACGACCGCUACGUGUCCAUCUGCAAACCCCUGCACUACGGGACCCUCCUGGGCAGCAGAGCUUGUGCCCACAUGGCAGCAGCUGCCUGGGCCACUGCCUUUCUCUAUUCACUGCUGCACACAGCCAAUACAUUUUCCCUGCCCCUGUGCCAUGGCAAUGCCCUGGGCCAGUUCUUCUGUGAAAUCCCACAGAUCCUCAAGCUCUCCUGCUCCAAAUCCCACCUCAGGGAACUUGGGCUCAUUGCUGUUAGUGCCAGUUUGGUAUUUGGUUGUUUUGUGUUCAUUGUUUUCUCCUAUGUGCAGAUUUUCAGGGCCGUGCUGAGGAUCCCCUCUGAGCAGGGACGGCACAAAGCCUUUUCCACCUGCCUCCCUCACCUGGCCGUGGUCUCUCUGUUUGUCAGCACUGCUGUGUUUGCCUACCUGAAACCCCCCUCCAUGUCCUCCCCAUCCCUGGAUCUGGCAGUGUCAGUUCUGUACUCGGUGGUGCCUCCAGCCCUGAACCCCCUCAUCUACAGCCUGAGGAACCAGGAGCUCAAGGCUGCAGUGAGGAGACUGAUGACUGGAUGGUUUCAGAAACAUUAAACUGCUGGCAAAUUUCUGCCAAUCACUUACAAUAAAAUUCACCUUUGAUAUUUCUUCUUAGUUUGGUUGUGGAUUUUUUCCUUUGUUCUAGAUUUCUCAUAUUGUUCACAAUAAAUGUCACUGUGCCAUUUCUCAUUUUGUUUGUCUCCA